GUUUCCAGGCUGAGGGAUACACAGUGCACAGGCUUUUUAGAAAAGCAUCUGGUAAAGAAGAGGAGGAUGCGCACUGCUGCUGCAGUCCAGGUUUGAUCUGAGCUUCCAAACACUGGAAAGUUUGGGAUCUAGGCACCCAUCUCCUAGUGUCCCAUAGAAUGAAGUGCAGAUGACCCAGAGCUCCCAACCAGAGCAGAGGCAGGUGCAGUGUGGGGACCCUGUUUCACCACUGCAGCAUGGACCCUGCGCCUCUGUGCCCCUUCCCCACACAGACCAGGCUCCUGCUCCUCAGCAGCCACCUGGUUCCACUCGGCAAGGCUGGGGAGCCUGGAAAUGACACCGAAAACUCAGGCCGCUUCCCAGUUCCUGUGGAGGAAUUCUAAGAGGCGAAGGUAGAAGACCCAAGCUCUGGAGCCAGCGCAGGCACCGGCCCGCAGUGACAGUCCGUUCUCCCGGUGCCCGCCUGUCCCUCCCCAGGCCGCUGACGCGCGGGGCCCCGCUCACCCGCUCAACUAAAGCCCCGGCCCCGCCGUGUCAGCCGAGCAGCACCGGGGAAACCCGGCCCGGCCCUGCCCUGGCCCGACCCGAGCCACCCAGUCCGGCGUCCCCGGCCCGGCCUCCCUCCCGCGGUAGCUCCGGGCCCGCCCGCCAGCUCCGGGCGCUUUUACCUCCAGCCACCGCCGCUGCCCGGCCUCGGCGCCGCCACUUCCGCCUCUGCGAGGCGCCGCCUGCUGCUCCGCACGGCCCGGGCGGGGUAACGGGGAAGCGGGGCCGGGGGGACCAGAGGGACCCGAGCAAGCCUGGCUGCGGUGCGAGAGUGCAGCCGCUGCUCCCCCGGACCUGCCGCGGCAACCGCGCUGCCCCGCAGCCCUGCGGGGCUGGCCUGGCGGCACGGGCGCUGUGUGCCAGAGAGGCCUGAGCCGGUCCCGCCGUGCCCUGACACCUCCGGGUUUCCAUGCACAAGGCCGCGGGUCCGGUGGCCGCAGAACACUCGGCCAGUCUCGGCAGCUUGGUCACCCUCUAGAGACUUUUGUGAAUUAAUUGCAGUUUUGGAAGUUGCUCUCACUUUUAUUCCUGGCUGAAUAAGGAAAAUGCCUGCUCCAGCUCCACAACUGUGGAACUGCAUCCCAGAAGAGAUCCUUAUCCAGAUUUUCCAUUAUCUUUCUCUUCGAGAUAGAUACACAGUCUUCCAGGUGUGCAGACAAUGGGCUGCAGCCGUAUCUUCUAGCUCUGUCUGGUACUUCACAGAGAUCAGCUGUGAUUCAGAGGAUGAGGAAGGCAUGCUGCAGAGCCUGCUCCAGUUCCUCAGACAAAUCAAGCACUUGAAGAUCGUGUUUGACCAGUCCAAGGAGGUCAACCGGAAGAAUGUGAGAUGCAUCUUGGAUGUGUUGGCAAAGCAGAACCACAAGCUGCAGCAGCUGUGCAUUGUGUGCCACGGGGAGAACCCCUAUUUCUACUCUGGCCAGGACAUUCUACAAAGCAUACAAAAUAUUUGUGACACUAAAAACCAGAUAGAUCUUCAGCAUAUUGAUUUUCGGCAAAUGCCUUUCACUCUCAAUGAUGAGCUUGUUGAACUCUUAGCUACCACUAACCCAAACCUGCACAGUUUGUUCAUCAACAACCACACCCUGGUGUGCAAUGUGGCUCCAGACACCAUUAGGAAAGUUCUCAGAGCAUGUCCCAGGCUCUCAGCCUUGGGGGUUUACUAUGCCAGUUUGUCUGACAAUGUAUUUGAGGAACUGCUCAAGCCUGAAAGAGCAGCUUUCACCCAUUUAGACAUUUUCUGUGAGCGUCUGGAUAAAUAUACACCAGUGAUCUCAGAAGAGCUCUGGGCUGCUGUAAGUCAAAAGCAUCCUCAACUCUGUGUAGACCUAGAGUUCGAUCAUACGGUCCCUGCCUGCAAAAUACCACACAUCCUAAAGCUGAAUAUACCUGUGAGCACACUGCAACUUAACACCUAUAAUUACAUGGUAAAUCAGAUUAGGUUUGUCACCCAGAAUUACAGCAGUACUUUAAAGAAGCUGACGCUGCAAACCACCUCCUCGGAGGACUUAAAUUCAUCUCUAGUGGAUCUGGCUAGACAGUGCAGAAGUCUGUUGGAGAUCCACUGCUACUGUGUGGUCAGCCAGGAGGUGGUAGAAGCAUUCCUCACUCACUGCCCCAGUCUGAAACAGUACACUCUGAAGGUCACCAAGGAACAGCACCCUUGGAAACCAGUAGCAAUUCAGUGACCAGUCUUUUUAGUUCACUACUUAUUUAUGUAGCAGGAAAGCCAGAUUUACCCUUUGCAGAUUUUUACUGAAGAGCUCAGUGAAACUUAAUUUUGAUUCUAUAUUUUAAAAGAACCUCGAAGUCAAGCACUUUGUGUCAGGCACCCAGCAGCCACUUAAAUAGACACUUGAGGAAAGUGGCAGCAUCAAUGCAGCCAUUUCCUGCCCAGUGGGGUACUUAGCCAUGCAGAUUCAGUGAGCUAUAGCAAUGAACUAUGGUCAUCUGAUGGAAAUUCCAUUCUAACCUUGAUAAUUCCUCUUUUAGCAUUUCAGUGAUGGUGAGCUCACCCGUUAUCAGGUAACUUUCAGCUUGGAGGGAUAGAACAAGAGCUGAAUUAUGUUAGAAAAUUCAAGCAGAAGAAAAAGCACUGAAUGAAAACAAUUC